AUGUUGUUUAUCCUUGUUAUGGAUGUUCUUAAUUCCCUGGUGAACCAUGCUGCUAAAAUGAAUCUGCUGCAACCACUUGCUGUCCAAGGAGCCAAGCACAGGGUUUCUUUCUAUGAAGAUGAUGCAGUAGUAUUCCUUUGGCCUUCGAGUGUUGAUCACCAUACUAUCAUGCUGGUGCUACAAAUUUUUGGCCAUGCCUUGGGUCUCAAGACUAACAUGACAAAAAGUUCAGUGACACCCAUUCAAUGUUCAGAGGAUUUAGUUCUCACCUCCAAUAUUCUGUUAUGUGUUUCCCUUGCACUUACCUUGGCCUACCGCUCACAAUACGUAAACCUACAAAGUCCGAUCUAUGAAAAUCGAAGGCAGCAGCUUGCAGUGGAAGUCAUCAUGCCUGGGCCUAAUCCUGAAGGAGGUGCUGGUGCAAGCACAUCAGUUGCAUCAGGUGGUGCUGGUUCAGCAUCCUCAGCUGCUCCAGAUGUUUCAGCCCUUGCAGAAAAGGCUAUAGCAGCACUGCCUCCAGAACUUGCUCAGCAGGCUAAAGAUCCCAAGAGGAAGGCUCGAUCUCAAGACCCAGGAUGGAAGUAUGGGUGGUGGCCAGAUCCUACGAAGAUGGAAUUUAUUCAGUGCAUUUUCUGUAAGAAGGUAGUGCCUGCAGGAAUCGGUCGGUUCAAGAUGCACCUUGUUGGGGGUUAUGGGGAUGCAGUGAAGUGCCCAAAACCACCUCCAAUAGUCCAGCGAGAGAUGACUGUUUACUUGAAGAAGAAUACAAGGACUACAAUUGUGGCACUUCCUGGAGAUGGUGAACAAGAACAAGAAGCAAAUGAAGAGGAUGAAGUUACUGAAGUUGAACCAGCGAAAUUACACACCAAAAAGAGGAACAGAUUAGAGCACAAGAGGUUAAAUAAAUUGGUCUAUGUCAGUUACAACAAAAAGAUGUCAAACAGGUUUAAAAAAAUCAGAGAGCUUGGAUGCAAAGGACAGAAGAGCAACCCUCUCACGCUAGAUGAAUUUCAGUGGGAUAAUGAAUGGGUGGAUGAGAAUUGUGAGGAAUCGACUUGGGCUGCUGUUGAUGAAGCUAUUGGUGCAUCUGAGAAUCUACAGGGCCGCAACUUGCCUAGGGCUGCUGCUGCUCGUGCAGCAGCCUCUGUCAGCCAGAUGUAUACCAGGAAGCGUCCAAGGACUGCUGCAGCUGCAGCUGCUGCUCCAGAUAGCAUUGAUGAUGAAGAUGAUGACCAUGAAGCACAAGUUCAGCCACAUGCAUCUAAUGCUGAAGUAGGAAUGGAGGUGGAUGGAGACUCGGGUGGAGAUGGAGGAGGAGGCUUCAAUUUGGAUGAUGAUUUGCUUAUUUAG